AUGGUGGGUAACAUAUCUUUUUCUUUUACAUUAAGUGGAAUCCCUGAGCUUGGAGACAACCAGCACUGGAUGGCCUUCCCUCUGUGUGUCCUGUACAUCAUCGCCUUUGUGGGUAACAGCACUAUCCUGUUCCUUAUAAUCACAGACCGUAGCCUCCAUCAGCCUAUGUACAUCUUACUAUCCAUGUUAUCAUUGACAGACAUUGGAGUGUCAUUUACCUCCUUUCCCACAAUGCUCAGUGUCUUCUUUCUUAAUUAUAACCAGAUCUACUUUGAGUCCUGCCUCACGCAGAUGUAUUUUCUACACACUUUUGCAGCCAUGGAGUCUGGAGUUUUGGUGGCUAUGGCAGUGGACCGGCUCAUUGCUAUAUGUGAUCCCUUAAGAUAUUCUGCCAUCUUAACCAGUUCUGUUUUGGCCCGAAUUGCAACAGUGAUAUUUAUAAGAGGUAUAUGUGUGGUUUUUCCCAUUCCGUUCCUCACCAGGAGAUUUCCCUUCUGCAAGAGCCUUGCUCUCUCUCAUUCUUACUGUCUACACCAAGAUGUGAUAAGACUGGCAUGUGCAGACACAACUGUAAACAACAUAUAUGGCCUGGUAGCCGUGCUAAUGACUAAGGGAGUUGACUCUCUGUUCAUUAUUGUCUCCUAUGGGAUGAUUUUUAGAGCAGUACUGAAUAUUACUAUCCACAAAGCCCGGUAUAAGACAUUUAGCACCUGUAUUUCUCAUAUCUGUGCUGUGUUACUGUUUUAUAUCCCACUCAUUGGACUAACAGUGGUGCAUAGAUUUGGGAAACAUACUUCUCCCUUACUUCUCAUUGUGAUGGCUGAUAUUUACCUGCUUUUGCCUCCUGUGAUCAACCCUCUUAUCUACAGCAUCAAAACCAAACAGAUUCGUCACAAGAUCAUUAUGACUUUCAGAGGAAAAAGCUCUGUUACCCAUAAUACUGGAAUCUCUGUCCUGGGCAAUUAG